CACCUUGUUCUAUCACAGCUGCUGAAGGGGGAAUAAUCGGUCCGUGAAAAUGGAAGCGCAGGGACUGGCGGGCUGGAGAAGCGUUUGUCGUGUAGCUCUUGCUGAAGAGGAUCCUUUGAAGCGCGUGACCUCUCAGAAGCCAAAGAAAGAACUGCACCCCCUGCGUGAUGUCCGUGUGGCAGAGCACGGAGGACACACUGCAGCGAAGUCAUCGUCAUUACUCUGCAGUUUCAAGUCACUCUGCAAAGUGCAUAGAUGCCUUACUGGCAGACCUGGAAUCCACCACCUCACAUAUCUCCAAACGACCAGUGUUUCUAACGGAGGAAACGCCUUACUCCUAUCCAACUGGAAACCACACAUAUCAGGAGAUUGCUGUGCCACCUCCAGUGCCUCCGCCACCUUCCAAUGAGGCCCUGAAUGGCACUGUGAUUGACCCCUUAGACCAGUGGCAACCCAACGUAUCCAGAUACAUCCACCAGCAGCCUCAGUCCCAGUCUCCUAUAUACAGCUGUAGUGCCAAAAGCUCCAGUGCCUCUGUUCCUAGAGACGGGCUCAGCUCUCCUUCUCCCCGUGCCAGUGAAGAGGAACACGUCUACAGUUUCCCAAACAAGCAGAAGUCUGCAGAACCAUCUCCUACAAUGACUAGCUCCUCUCUGGGCAGCAACCUCUCAGAAUUGGACAGACUUCUUCUGGAACUGAAUGCUGUUCAACAUAAUCCCACAAGUGGCUUUCCAGCAGAUGAAGCCAGCAGAAGCCCAUCACUGCCCAGCAUGACUGGACCUCACUAUGUUGUCCCAGAGAGCAGCAGCAGCUCUGUGGGAGGGAAGGCUGCACCCCCUACAAAAGAAAAGCCAAAGCGAAAUGGUGCACGUGGGAUUGAAGAUGUGCGUCCCAGCGUGGAGAGCCUGCUGGAUGAGCUGGAGAGCUCUGUGCCAAGUCCAGUCCCUGCAAUCACUGUGAGCCAAGGCGAGGUGAGCAGCCCCCAGCGAGUCACCGCCAGUCAGCAGCAGACCCGUAUAUCUGCUUCUUCAGCUACGCGAGAACUGGAUGAGCUGAUGGCAUCUCUCUCUGACUUCAAGUUCAUGGCGCAGGGGAAAGCCGGGAGCAGCUCCCCUCCAUCCACAGCCUCCAAGCCUGGCAGUCAGCUGGACACCAUGCUGGGAAGUCUCCAGUCUGACCUGAACAAACUGGGUGUAGCUACGGUUGCCAAAGGUGUCUGUGGGGCCUGCAAGAAGCCUAUCGCUGGGCAGGUAGUUACAGCCAUGGGGAAAACCUGGCACCCUGAGCACUUCGUCUGCACCCACUGCCAGGAGGAGAUUGGGUCACGUAACUUCUUUGAGCGGGAUGGUCAGCCCUACUGCGAGAAGGACUAUCACAACCUCUUCUCUCCUCGCUGCUACUACUGCAACGGGCCGAUCCUUGAUAAAGUGGUGACUGCUUUGGACAGGACAUGGCACCCCGAACACUUUUUCUGUGCCCAGUGUGGAGCUUUCUUUGGACCUGAAGGAUUUCAUGAGAAGGAUGGCAAAGCCUAUUGCCGCAAGGACUACUUUGAUAUGUUUGCUCCCAAGUGUGGAGGCUGUGCCCGGGCUAUCCUGGAAAAUUACAUCUCUGCCUUGAACACUCUGUGGCACCCUGAAUGCUUUGUCUGUCGGGAAUGUUUCACCCCCUUCAUCAAUGGCAGCUUCUUUGAGCACGAUGGGCAGCCCUACUGUGAGGUGCAUUACCACGAGCGUCGCGGCUCACUCUGCUCUGGUUGCCAGAAGCCUAUCACAGGACGCUGCAUCACUGCUAUGGGCAAGAAAUUUCACCCCGAACACUUUGUCUGUGCCUUCUGCCUCAAGCAGCUCAACAAAGGAACCUUCAAAGAACAGAACGACAAGCCCUACUGCCAGAACUGCUUUCUCAAGCUCUUCUGUUAGAGGCAUCAUAGAUGGGCGCUAAGCAUCUUUCUGCCACCCCCUUGGCAGUUCUGUCUCUCUGAACAUUACUGUGAUUUAGAAACCUUACCAGGCAGGGGAGGAGGGUGGGGUGGGCGUGGGGUGGGUGUGCUUUCUGCUGCUAUGGAGAGGCAGUAGAUCCCGAGAUGAGACGGACCAUUAAACUGGAAAAGCCCUUGCUGUGUCUCAGUAGAGAGAGGCCGAGAUCCCUCAAUAUGGUGUGUGUGUCUGUGUGUGUGACUUGACAGCUGAGCUUAGCUCGAGGGCUCCAACGGGGAGAUUUUACCCAGCCCCCUCCUGGCAGAAGGAGUCUCUGCCUGUACGUUUGAGCCCACCCCUGAGCUCCCUGAGCAAGUCCUAACACUAGCAGACAGCACAGCCCUCUGCUUGGACACCUCUUUCUCAGGCUUUUGUCUGCAUGUGUGCAGUCUGAGCAAUAGCACAGCGAGGGCACCCCGUGAUCUCAGUGCCACCCUGGCUGCGCUCACGAGAGCCGUGUGGCACGUAUGACUUCCUGAGAUCAGAGUGUCAACACAGGCAGCCAAGACCCUACAAGGGUCUCUCCAGUUCCAUUACACUGUAAGGAGAUGAUACCACUUUUUUUUUUUUUUUUUUUUUUUUUUUAAAAAGGAAUCAAAGUAUUACUGUGUGGGGUGGGUUUUUUUUUUCCUCCCCCUUAGUUUGUUAUUCCCUGCCAUUUCUCAACACACUGGAGCAGGAGCUGGAGUAAGCCCUGACCAUCCUUCAGCACUGAUGUGUGCUCCUGUGGGUGAUGUCCUAUGCCAGGCACCUCCGCCAGCACCCAGGCCUGCUCAGGGCAUCUGCUCCCCUUGCCUUGCUGCUCCUGGGAGAGAGGAAGAGGCAUCGUUCCUUCUUUAAAAGCAGGUGCAGAGAGAUUAGAGCACAGCCUUUUUCACCAUCCCUGUCAUGAGUGAGUGUGAGGUGUGUGUGUUUAUCUGGCCUGCAACUCUCCCAUGUAUCAGGGCCUGAAACCGUUACAAGAGCAGGGAGAAGUGGAGGGGUUUAAGAAGCCAGAAAAAAAAUUCCAAACUCUAUAUCCUUUCUUCUUCCUCUUUUUUGCUAAUGAGACCUGUCAGCCCCUUGGUAUUUCCCUUUUCUGUGCUCUUGUUAAACAUGUUCUACUGAGAGAUGCUAGAGCAAUAACCUUUUAUAUUGACUGUUGCUGGUAUAACAAGUCCCUUGGGUCAGGUGUGUGUGACACACUUGGAGUUUUACUAUCAAAAUGAAUACUGUAUCCUGUCUUUGAUAAGAACUGUAGAUUUCUACACUGAUUUUGAAUUCAUAUCUAAUUUACUUUUAUUCCUCUUAUACAGAAAUUGGUUUUGAAGUGAUUUUAAGAAAGCAACUUUUAUAUCAAGCUGUGCUGUUCUAGGCAGUGUGCCAGUUGUGCUGGUUUACUGCAUCUGUAACCUCAACGCUUUGUUAAGCCUAACUAACAUUCAAUAUUUUCUUUUUAUUGCGGGUUGGGAGGGGCUGGAAUCUAUGGGGAAGAGAAUAUGACUUGGUGUUUUUUUUUUUUGUUGUUGUUGGUUUUUUUUAUUAUUUUUUUUUUCCCUAGCACAGGCAGGUGAGCUGUGAAUAGCUUUUUUUUUUUUUUUUUUUUUUUCCUUGCUCCCUCUCCUUUGGGUCACCUGAAAGUGUGGUUUUUGGGGGUUUAUUGUAACCUGUAAACUGCUGUAUUUGAAUCACCUGCCGUUCUCCCAAAGCCCAGCUUCCAGGAUGUUACAGUGAGUCUUAAUAUGAUGCUGCAGCAGCAGGGAAGAGCUCAGACCUUUUGUCUUUGGUUUGUCCUCUUCAGCCACCUGGACCCAGAGCAAGGCCAAGCAGGGAAGGCAUUCCCUUUCUCCAGGACCAGAGCAGGGCUAAGUGGGGAAGGGGUUCCUUUUCUCCUGUGGAAGACCUUAUGACUAAGGAGAAGAAACCGGGAGAGACAGACUGUUCCUGACUAGCUGUGUAACUUUGGGCCAGUCACUAAACUUUACUGUGCCUCAGUUUCCCCAUCUGUAAAAUGGGGGCAGUUUAGCCUGGGUUGGUGAGGUUAUUUUGAGGCUUAGUUCACGUUUCCUAAAGCACUUUUAGGUCUCUGGCUGGAGGGUGCUAUGGAGGGUGAAACUACGUUGAAAUGCCCGAUGGCAUUCUGUGGUAGCAGCUUGAAGCAGCCCAGGGAGCGGUGUUAGGAAUUGCUUCUCCAGAGCACUACAGCAACAUUGCAGUCAACAUCUGGUUGUGCUUUUCAGCUUGGCAGCUGCAUUAGGGGGCUGGGGGCAACCGUGUCAGAAACCAGCCUGACCUUAGGCUGGAAUCUGUGGGUUACUGUCCCGUGUGACCUUGCUGCGGUGCUUCGCUGCCCUGCUUGGGUCACUGAAGCUGCUUUGCCUGUACAAAUGAACCUCAGUUUGCGGUUGUGAGAGCUACAGCUGUGUCAGCUGGGCUGAGCGCUGCUCUUGGAGAGUUUGUGAGGCAAGAAAUCUCAUCUUUGAAAUCUACUGGACUUGCAGUUGAUGUUUUGAAGCUGCAUGUGUUUAUCUUGCUGAAAAGGUCAGCUGCUUUUGGCCCCGCUAAGAGGACAAAAAGCUGUUGGGUCAGUAGUGCCGGAGGGGGGCAAGAAGGUGUUUCUGGCACUACUGCUUGUGGUGUGACACCUGCAAACUGUGUAAUCAUGUGCCUCAGUUUCCCUGUCUCUGGGGAGUCUUUAACCUACCUCACUGCUAGUUGAGGCUUAGCGUAGGUGACACUUCUGGCACGUGUGGAAAACCUGGGGCGCAGGGUGCUGCGGAGGGGUGCUGGUGCUGCACGGCACCGAAGGGGAGGCUCGUCUGUCGUUAGUGCUUAACGGAGAUGGUUAAACACUUGUCUCCUGAGCAAGAUGUUGAGCGUGCCCUGGGUUUAUCUGGUUUCUGACAUGCUGGGGUGCUACAUGGAUGCUAGUCUGCCAAAUAAUGACUUUUGGUGGCUGCCGCCGCCACCACCGAUGUCCAAAAUGCCUGUUAUUUGAUUUCAGAUGCAGUUUGAGAGUAGCAGAGUGGGCGGCCCGGGACGGUGGCAUGUGGGGAGCGGGGGCAGCAGGGUGGGUGGCAGCACCCCGGCUCCUGGGGCGGCUUUCAUUUCCCAGGCCCUGGCUCUGUGCGCAGCUCCCCCGCAGAGUGCUGCCCUGGGGUGGGCCUGGCACACCAAGCCCGGGCUGGGCUGGGGGGUGCUCCGCUGGGUCGACGGUUAUUUGAUGUUUUUUCUCCCUUGUAAAAAUUUAACUCAGCUUUUUUUUUUUUCUUCCCCCCCCAUUUAAAAUUGUUGCAGUUA